GUUUCCGCCCGGACACUUGUUCCGUGCGCACCUCCUGUACUCUUGUUUGUUACAUGUAUUGUAUUAAGUUGGCGGUGGAUUGAUAAGAGUUUCUGCACCAUCUCUCACCUGUGCUGCGGCUCCCUUACUCUCUGGGCAUGUCUCAGGACAGUCACCAUGGCAAGUGGACCGUCUCCAGCAGUGAUGAAGAUGAUGAUCUUCCUCUCUCUGGAACGACCACAUCCAAACCCCACCAGCCCGCUGUUUCUAGUCCCAGCUACCAACCGGCUGCCUCUGCCUCUCCCACUCCCACCAUCCCCAAAAUAGAAGCAGCCCCUGUGGAGGUGAAACCAGAACCAGCUAACGCCCCUGUAUCCUCACUUGUGAUUGGCUCUGAGGCGAGACAGUCAGCAGCAGCCAACCAGGUAAAUACAGUGAAGUACGAAAGUAGUCCGUCGUUAGCUGGAAAGAGGAAAAAUGAGGUGUCAGACGGCUCAGGCUGGGCUCUCUCAGAUAGUGAGGAUGAUGAUGGAGACGUGAAGGGGAAGAGUCUCGGUAACUCCCCAAAGAGGGCGCCUCCGAGCCCCAAAACAAAGAAAGUGAAGGUGGAGAACGAGCGGCCCCCGAGCCCCUACGGCCGCCUCUACUACAUCGACGAGCCAGAGGACUUCUAUGAGUCCAGUAUUCCUCCUCUGAAUGACCCCUACAGGUUCUACCUCAACAAAGUGACUGGCCUGGACAGGAAGUACAACAGUGGAGCUCUGCACAUCAGAGACAUUCUCUCUCCCCUCUUUGGGACCCUGAAAGAGUCAGCUCAGUUUAACUACUGCUUUGAUAUUGCCUGGAUGGUUGAUCAGUACCCAUCAGAGUUUAAGGAUCGUCCAGUUCUGAUUGUUCAUGGAGACAAAAGAGAGGCCAAGGCCCGGCUGCUGCAGCAGGCCAAGCCUUACCCUCAUGUUCACUUCUGCCAGGCCAAGCUGGAUAUUGCUUUUGGAACGCACCACACAAAGAUGAUGUUGCUGUGGUAUGAGGAAGGCUUCAGAGUCGUUAUAACGACCUCCAACCUCAUCAGAGCUGACUGGUACCAGAAAUCACAAGGGAUGUGGAUGAGCCCCCUGUUUCCACGGUUACCAAAGGGCAGCAGUGACGACGAAGGUGAGUCUCCGACCUUCUUUAAGAGGGACCUGUUGGAAUACCUGGCAGCGUACCGCACACCAGAACUGGAGGAGUGGAUCCAACGAAUCAGAGAGCAUGACCUGUCAGAGACCAAGGUUUAUUUGGUCGGCUCAACCCCAGGGAGAUAUGUCGGCCCUGACAUGGAGCGCUGGGGCCACCUGAGGCUGAGGAAGCUGUUGUAUGAGCACACAGAACCGAUUUCCGGGGAAGAAAGGUGGCCUGUGAUUGGCCAGUUCUCCAGCAUCGGCUCUUUGGGAGUGGAUCAGACCAAAUGGUUGACAGGGGAAUUUCAGCGCACCAUGACCACACUGGGGAAAUCCUCUAUUCGCUCAGCUCCCCCCCUGCACUUGGUGUAUCCAUCAGUUGAAGAUGUGAGGACUAGUUUAGAAGGCUAUCCAGCCGGAGGCUCUCUUCCCUACAGCAUCCAGACGGCUCAGAAACAACUCUGGCUCCACUCUUUCUUCCACCGUUGGAAGGCAGAUGCAACAGGAAGGAGUCAUGCCAUGCCACACAUCAAGACAUACAUGAGGGCUUCCCCAGACUUCACUCAGCUUGCCUGGUUCUUCGUCACAAGUGCCAACCUGUCCAAAGCAGCAUGGGGUGCGCUGGAGAAGAACAACACCCAGGUGAUGGUCCGUUCAUACGAGCUGGGAGUCCUCUACGUGCCCUCCGCCUUUAACAUGAAGACCUUCCCUGUUAGCGGAAAUCCAUUUCCUGUCUCCUCUUCCUCUGGUUUCACUGUGCCAUUUGACCUCCCCCCUACAAGCUACUCUCCUAAAGAUCAGCCUUGGAUCUGGAACAUUCCGUACAACCAGGCUCCCGACACACACGGCAACAUCUGGGUUCCCUCCUGAACACACACACACACACACACACACACACACACACACACACACACACACACACACACACACACACACAC